AUGUUCGUCCUGCUGUCUGUCCUGACGGUGUGCAGCCUGAGCGUCUCCAGCAGGGCGUCCUCCUCCGCCUCUCACCAUAAUUGCAAUGCUCCUCUGCUAUCAGCAUCUCGUCGCUCCUCCUUCCAGAGUUCCUCUCAGUUCUCAGGAAGUUCAGUUUCCUGCAACGCCAGGCUGCUUAAAAGGGAGGGAGCAGGAGGCCGGUCUCCAGCGCCGUCCCACCGGGAGCCCUGGCUGCAGCUGGACCUCAGGGAGCAGAUGGAGGUGACGGCCGUGUCCACGCAGGGCUGCUCUGACAGCUGGGACUGGGUCAGCGGCUACUUGCUGCUGCACAGCGACACGGGCCGGCUCUGGACGGUGUACCGGGACGAGGACGGCACCGAGAAACUUCCCGGUAAUGUGAAUUCGGAGUCAGUGGUCCGGAAGCAGCUGUGGCAGCCAGUGAGGGCUCGGUUCCUGCGCCUCGUGCCGCUGGACUGGAGCCCCCGCGGCCGGGUCGGCCUCCGGGUGGAGGCGUACGGCUGCUCCUACAAGUCACAUGUGGCCAGCUUCACCGGCAGAAGUUCCCUGAUGUAUCGCUUCAGCCAGAAGUCCACGUCCACGGUGAAGGACGUGAUCUCCCUGCGCUUCAGGAGCCAUCGUGCUGACGGCGUCUUGCUGCACGGAGAGAGUCAGAGAGGGGAUCGCAUCACCCUGGAGCUUCGCCGAGGAAGGAUGGACCUCUACCUCAGUUUAGAUGACAAUGCCUUGCUCAGCAGCCACCGCCCCGCUGUCACCGCGGGAAGUCUGCUGGACGACCAGCACUGGCACUCUGUUCGCAUCGAGCGCUUCCACCGGCAGGUGAACCUGACGGUGGACGCCCACACGCAGCGUUUCCACAGCUCGGGGGAGGGACGGUCACUGGAGCUGGACUAUGAGCUGAGUUUUGGAGGCAUCCCUCUCCAUGGUAAACCUGGAACCUUCCUGAGGAAAAACUUUCGUGGCUGCAUUGAAAACCUGUUCUACAAUGGAAUCAAUAUCAUAGACCUGGCUGAGAGACGCAAGCCGCAGAUACACAACGGUGACGUGGCCUUCAGGUGCUUGCAGCCUCAGGAUGUGUCCUGCACCUUCCUGAGCUCCAGCAGCAGCUUCCUGUCACUGCCGUUACUGGAGCCCAUCCAGGAAGGCUUCUCUGCUGCUUUCCACUUCAGAACGUGGAACUCAGACGGGCUGCUGCUCUUUGUGCAGCUGAUGCCAGAUUACCAGAACCUGGAGCUGCAGAUCAACAGUAGCUGUUUGUACCUGAACCUCCACAACACUGCAAGAGGGACGUCCAAGCUCUCUGCUGGUUGCCGAUUGGACGAUGGACUGUGGCACUCCGUGACGCUCCACUCCAGAGACAGUCAGCUUGCUGUGACUGUGGACGACCAGACGUCCUCAACCUUAGAACUGUGGGGGCCGCUGCAGCCGACAGGCGACUUUCACUUCGGAGGUUGUCCCUCCACGGUCUGUGACGUCCGGACGCCAUCCUUCCAGGGAUGCAUGCAGCUCAUAUCCAUCAACCAACAACCGGUGGACCUCACCUCUGUGCAGCAAGGAUCCCUGGGAGAUUUCAACAAGCUUCUGUUUGACACGUGUCGCAUAACAGACAGGUGUCUUCCCAACCCGUGCGCACAUGGAUCCCUCUGCUCCCAGACGUGGAACUCCUUCUCCUGCAACUGCUCGGGUGUUCCCUCUGCCGUGGCCUUCAUCAUCGUGUGCAGUUUGGCUGCAAUGGUUCGAAUCCUUUACCGGCAGCAGCAGGACGUGGGAGGAGGCUGCAGUGACAGCGUGAAAGACGAGAAGCAAGAGGAACCCAAACACAACAUGCCCUCAAACUACCGGACAGAGUUCUGCUUGAAGUCCCUCAGGGACCAGACUCAGGAGUUCUACAUGUGA